AUGGCGGACACUGACACGAAAUUGUCCUGGCGUCGUCCACCUGCCCGUGGGCCUUCUUCAAUUUCUGCUCCUUUUCCUCUUGCAAAGAAUUCAGCCACUCUUCUUCAAUUUGCCAUUGACGGACCUCAUCUUCCUGAGCCUUACAGAGGUCAUCGUAGGCGCCACGACCUCAUCUUCAAGAGCAUUACGAACCAUCAUUCAUCUUCAAGAGCAUUACGAACAGAAGAGGUUAUCGUAGGCGCCACGACCUCAUCUUCAAGAGCAUUACGAACAGCGUAUCAUCUUCUCAUCGUAACGACCUCAUCUUCAAGAGCAUUACGAACAGAAGAGGUCAUCGUAGGCGCCACGACCUCAUCUUCAAGAGCAUUACGAGCAGCAGAGGUCAUCGUAGGCGUCACGGCCUCAUCUUCAAGAGCAUUACGAACAGAAGAGGUCAUCAGCAUUACGAACAGAAGAGGUCAUCGUAGGCGCCACGACCUCAUCUUCAAGAGCAUUACGAACAGAAGAGGUCAGGCGCCACGACUCAUCUUCAAGAGCAUUACGAACAGAAGAGGUCAUCGUAGGGCCACGACCUCAUCUUCAAGAGCAUUACGAACAGAAGAGGUCAUCGUAGCGCCACGAGAGCAUUACGUCAUCGUAGGCGCCACGACCUCAUCUUCAAGAGCAUUACGAACAGAAGAGGUCAUCGUAGGCGCCACGACCUCAUCUUCAAGAGCAUUACGAACAGAAGAGGUUAUCGUAGGCGCCACGACCUCAUCUUCAAGAGCAUUACGAUCAUCGCGCCACGACCUCAUCUUCAAGAGCAUUACGAACAGAAGAGGUCAUCGUAGGCGCCACGACCUCAUCUUCAAGAGCAUUACGAACAGAAGAGGUUAUCGUAGGCGCACGACCUCAUCUUCAAGAGCAUUACGAACAGAAGAGGUCAUCGUAGGCGCCACGACCUCAUCUUCAAGAGCAUUACGAACAGAAGAGGUCAUCGUAGGCGCCACGACCUCAUCUUCAAGAGCAUUACGAACAGAAGAGGUCAUCGUAGGCGCCACGACCUCAUCUUCAAGAGCAUUACGAACAGAAGAGGUCAUCGUAGGCGCCACGACCUCAUCUUCAAGAGCAUUACGAACAGAAGAGGUCAUCGUAGGCGCCACGACCUCAUCUUCAAGAGCAUUACGAACAGAAGAGGUCAUCGUAGGCGCCACGACCUCAUCUUCAAGAGCAUUACGAGCAGCAGAGGUCAUCGUAGAAUAA